AUUCAGCUUGAACAGUGUUUCGAGAACGCUAAGUCGACAUCUACAAAUAUUCACUGCCACGACGAAAAUAAUCCUCCGUUUUGUAUCAUUUAGCUUUUCUGGUUACUGUGAAGUGUUUCAAAGUGCUUAAACAUGAGGAUCUACGCAUUCGUUUUGUUAUUUUGCUUGUAUUCAGUCGAAUGUCGCAAAGCUAUUGUGCCGAUAAACAAAAAUGCUAAUAUUGAUUUUAUUAACAUGGAGGCAGGAGGAGUGAGACCUCCAAAUAAUAUUCGUCCAGGUACGGCACAGGCUCCGACUCAAGCACCGGUUCCAACGACAGCUAAGCCAGCCACACCAACACCAGCUCCUCAACCUAAGAAUCCUCCACCUACAGUGGCUCCUGUUGCUCCUGCUAAGCCAGUACCAACUCAAGCUCCUACUCUAAUAACUCCAAAACCCGUUAAUCCUACCCCUGCCGCUAAACCUAUCACCACCCCUGGUCCUGGAAGUGUUAAGCAACUAAUUACAUUUUAUGACAGUCAAGGAAAGGCUAGCCCAAUUCGCCCUUACUCGUAUAGCCAGGCUGUUAAACAGGGCUAAAUAAAUUAAUAAAAUAUAUAAUAAAUAUUUUGUCACUUUUA